AUGGAACCAUACGCCGAUGAUUUAUUAUGGCUGGUGGUGUGUGGGUUUAUCGUGGCGUUCAUAUUAGCGUUUGGUAUUGGCGCCAACGAUGUGGCUAACUCGUUUGGAACCAGUGUUGGCUCCAAGGUUCUAACGUUGACGCAGGCAUGCAUCCUCGCAACAAUAUUCGAAAUCGCUGGAGCAGUUUUAAUAGGUUAUAAAGUAUCAGAUACGAUGAGAAAGGGCAUUCUGGAUGUCUCACUUUAUGCUGAUGGCGGGGAGAGGUUGUUAGCUGCUGGGUGCCUCGCUGCUCUAAUUGCAGGCGCAACCUGGCUCAUUGUGGCCACGGCUCUUCGCCUGCCCGUGUCUGGAACACACUCCGUGGUGGGUGCUACUGUCGGUUUUACUCUGACAGCUAAAGGUCCAAUUGGAGUGCGAUGGUCUACGCUCGGUGCUAUAGUGCUGUCCUGGUUUAUUUCCCCCGUGUUGAGUGGUGCGGUAUCAGCGGUUUUAUUCUGGCUGGUACGCAGGUUCAUUCUCCGAGCAUCUCAGCCCUUAACAACUGGAUUAAAAGCCCUCCCGUUCUUCUAUGGAGCCACUGUCGCUGUUAAUGUGUUGAGUGUUGUACACGAUGGGCCGAAACUUUUGGCGAUGGAUAAGAUUCCACUGUGGCUGGCUCUGGCAGGUUCCGUAGCUCUUGGUGCAGUGAUUGCUGUCUGUGUUAGACUAUUCCUAGUGCCAUACUUCCGCAGGAAACUUAUUCCCAAACCAGUUAAUUUUGUGCUCGGCGUGUCUAAUGAAACAACCCCAGCAAACACACCAACAAACUGCGGUAAAGGCGUUCCCCAGCGUCCGACGUCAUUACUUUCUGAAGACGGGAAGGUUCUAGAAGCAAUAGCAGAGAGCGCCGAAAUGGUUACCCUAAGCGAUGCGGACAAAAGUUCCCUCGGCGUCAGAGAAAUGAACGUCAGAAACGCUCUAUUAGCAACAAUGGACGACUGCAGUAUUCUCUCCAGAAGUCUUAGCCCGCCUGAUAAGUCCCGCUUGCAAUUGAUAGACGCAGACCCUCAGAUAAAUACCCUCAAAUAUAUCGAUGAGACUCUGAGCUGCUGUAAGAGUCUGGACUCUACUCAGUUGGUGGGGAUGGGUGAGAGCUACGACUCGAAAAAUGGAUUUAUGGACUCGUGUGAUACAAUAGCGAGGGCUGAAUUUGGGAGGAUGUCUGCGGUACGGGCCAUGUCUUGUGCCGUUGAAUUUGAUACUCCAAAGAUUGAUAGGGGGGUCAUACUUCAAGUCCCCGAAGGCGGCAGUGCCUGGAGCAUAGAGUGCAAGGGCAGAGGCCUCCCAGCCAUAACACCAAACUCCAGUGCAGCGCCCUUGCUCCGGGCCUCUACGCCACCACCGGUCGUCCCACCCCCAGCCCCACCGGAUACCUUGAGGCUGUUCUCAUUUCUUCAAGUGCUCACGGCUACCUUUGGCGCCUUCGCUCACGGUGGUAAUGAUGUAAGCAACGCUAUAGGACCUUUAGUGGCUCUAUGGUUGUUGUAUUCAGAGGGAGGUGCGCACGCGCGGGCUGAAACACCCCUUGCGAUAUUAGUAUUUGGGGGCAUCGGUAUCGCUCUUGGCUUGUGGCUUUGGGGUCGAAGGGUCAUACAGACGGUUGGGGAGGAUCUUACCAGCAUAACGCCUGAUACGGGGUUCACAAUAGAGCUGGGUGCUGCGUUAACAGUUCUUAGUGGCCAGUAA